AUGUCGAGUCACCGAAACCCUCAAGGCAACACCAAUAGGCAAGCUAGAGGAAGCAAGGGUUUCGCCAAAACGCAAAAGGUCUUUGUCCCCAAAAAUCAAGGCCAGAAUCAUCCCAGAAGCCCUAAAUCCCCAAAUCCCACUCUCUCUGCCUCUCUUCGGCAAUCGCUGUCCCAACCGUCCAAUGUCGAAGUUUCAAGUGCUGCUGCUUCUGCGCCGCCGGAGAGUAGUAGUAGUAGUAGUAGGGUUCGGAUGGGAGAGAGAGGUGAGUGGGUGUCGACCAAGGGAAAUUUCGUGAAUUACUUGCCCCAAGAUGAGGCAGUUGCCGCUGGCCUCGGCGUUGACGAAGGUGGAUUGGACGCCGUGGAGUCUCAGAGAGAUAGUGAACCUGAUAUAAUUGAUGGUGCGGGUGCUAAAACAGGAUAUGUAAUACGCACAACUGUUGGCGAUCGAGGUGGUCAAUCUAGACAGACAGUGAGUUAUAUUUCAGAACAUGUGGUUGGAACUGGCUCUUUUGGGGUUGUUUUCCAGGCGAAAUGUAGAGAAACUGGAGAGAUUGUUGCUAUCAAGAAAGUUCUCCAAGACAAGCGUUACAAGAACCGGGAGUUACAGAUUAUGCAAAUGUUGGAUCAUCUAAACAUUGUUUCCCUAAAACAUUGCUUCUUUUCAACUACAGACAAAGAAGAGGUUUACUUGAAUCUCGUACUUGAAUUUGUUCCUGAAACUGUUUACCAUAUCCCAAGGAACUAUAGCAGGAUCAACCAGCGGAUGCCUUUAAUAUAUGUUAAACUUUAUACCUACCAGAUCUGUCGGGCACUUGCUUAUAUACAUAAUGGCAUUGGCAUCUGUCACCGUGACAUCAAGCCUCAAAAUUUACUUGUAAAUCUGCACACACAUCAGCUGAAACUUUGUGAUUUUGGGAGUGCAAAAGUCUUGAGUGAGCCAGACAGAAUUGUUGGGGAGCUAUUGCAGCUUGGAGGAUAUCUCAAAUUGAUUGAGUUGGGUCUUGAAGCUGCCAUCUAUGGUGUUGGCCGCUUAAUGCUUCCUUUCCCUUCACCUAAACGCAUGUGGCUUGGGUUUCUAUUGAUCUUGAGUGCAUCACACAUCAUAUUCAAUAUCUUAAGGUAUCAUGUUCCUCGGUAUUGGCUUAAGCCAUCCCAAAAUCUGUUGGUGGUAUUUGAGGAGAUUGCUGGCGAUGUUACAAAGAUUGAUCUUCUGAAAGUCACCCACGUGUUGAGAAAUGGCAGACCUAGAACUGAGGCAAACUGA